UGGAACUUGGUCGGGCUCCUCUCUGCUGCCAUUUCAGGUCACCCGUCGCCAGCUCCAUCCGGCCAGCCCAGCCCCAAACCCAGCCGUGCCGAGAGCCAGCCCUCGGAGCCAGGGCAGCGGCUGGAGGUCCGCCUGGUGAACGGCAGCAACCGCUGCAGCGGGACCGUGGAGGUGCGGGCAGGAGGGUCCUGGGAGCCCCCAUGCGGGGCGCUCUGGGACCACAGCGCCUCCGAGGCCGCGUGCCGCGUGCUGGGCUGCGGCGGGGCCGAGUGGGGGCCCGCCCCGCCCACCCCGCUGCCGCUGGACCGUGCCCUGGGGAACGCCAGCGGGACCCCGAACGCCACGUGGGCCCUGGCGCCCAGCAUCCUGUGCAGCAGCAGCGAGUGGCAGCUCUGCCUGAUGGAGCAGCACCCGUGCGACCCCGACGGGCAGCCGGCCCAGGUCACCUGUGCAGAGAACCGCGACCUGCGGCUGGUGGAUGGUGGCAGCCCCUGCGCUGGCCGCGUGGAGAUGCUGGAGCACGGCCAGUGGGGGUCUCUGUGUGACGACACGUGGGACCUGGAGGACGCCCACGUGGUGUGCAGGCAGCUGGAGGACGCCCACGUGGUGUGCAAGCAGCUGAGCUGCGGCUGGGCCAUCCGGCUGCCGGGCUUGCACUUCGCCCCCGGCCGAGGCCCCAUCCACCGGGACCAGGUGAACUGCUCCGGGACCGAGGCCUACCUGUGGGACUGCCCGGGGCGGCCUGGAGAGCACUACUGUGGCCACAAGGAGGACGCUGGCGUGGUGUGCUCAGAGCACCAGACCUUGCACCUGACGGGGGGCACCGACCGCUGUGAGGGGCAGGUGGAGGUGCACUUCCGUGGGGUCUGGAACACGGUGUGCGACAGCGAGUGGUACACAUCGGAGGCCCAGGUGCUCUGCCGGGCCUUGGGCUGUGGCACCGUGGCCGAAAUACCCAGGGGGCUGCCCCACUCCCUGCCGGGCCGGAUGUACUACUCGUGCCAGGGAGACGAGCCCACCCUCUCAGACUGUUCGUGGCGGUUCAACAACUCCAACCUGUGCAGCCAGUCGAAGGCAGCCAGGUCUCUGCUCAGGUCACUGUCUGUCGUGGCGCACAGUUCCCGGAAGCUGCUCAAUCAGUCCACGUCUGACCUUCUUACCAGCGCACAGCCGGUCACCAUAGAACCGUCGGUGACUGUGCCAACGGAGGACUGGACGCCUCGGGAGCUGAUGCUCCUCAUCCUCUGCUUCGUCCUGGGAACCCUCCUCCUGGGCGCGCUCAUCAGCAUCUUGGUCCUCCUCUUGAGAGUGAAAGGGAAAUACGCCCUCCCUUCCGCGGUGACGCACCAACGCCGGCCCACCGCCACAGCCGGGGUCAAUAGCUACCAGGAGGUCCCCAGCACCGUCCCCAAGGAGGAAGCUCCCAAGCUGCCCAUCCAGGUCCAGGCCCCGCCCCCCGCGGACUCGGACUCCAGCUCCGACUCAGACUAUGAGCACUAUGACUUCAGCGCCCAGCCUCCCGUGGCCCUGACCACCUUCUACAAUUCCCAGCGAUACCGGGUCACGGAGGAGCAGGCCCAGCAGAACCGGUUCCAGAUGCCCCCCCUGGAGGAAGGUGGCCAAAGCCUUCACGCGUGUCUCCCAGGUCCCCCUGCCAACCCUGGGCCCUGCGUUGCAGAUCCCCCCAGCCUGGGCCCCCAGCAGCGCCCCCGGAGCAGCAGCGGGUCCAGCACAUCAUCCGGGGAGGGCUACUGCAACAGUCCCAGCAGCAGGCUCCCCCCGUGGGGCCCCCUCCCGGAGCAGCCCCCGCGCCUGGAGCUGGCUGGCUCCCAGGGAACCUUCUCAGGGCCCUCGGCUGACGACAGCUCCAGCACCUCCUCCGGGGAGUGGUACCAGAACUUCCAGCCGCCGCCGCUGCCCCCGCCCCCUCCCGAGGAGCUGUUUGGGUGUCCAGGGUCCCCCAGCCCCCAGCCUGCUUCCACCGACAACGAGGACUACGAUGACAUCGGGGCAGCUUAGCCGGCCCGCGAGGCUCCGGGGGCUCUGCCUGCGCCCUGUCCCGCCCUGUCCUCCCGGACCUGACCGUGCUCCUGCCCCGGCGCUGAGGGCCCCCCUGAGAGAGGAGAGGAAGCCACCCUCGUCUCCGUCUCCGUCCACCAGACAGAACCUGCUGCACCGCCUCUGCCCGCCCCAGCCCGCAGGGUGCGGUGCCGCCCCCCGGAGGGCGAGCUCUCCGUCUUGGGGUGGACUGGACCGCCCGCCCCGCUCAGCAGCUGCACCGAGGGCUGAACUGGGUGACUCCUGGGACCCCGACCUCGGGUUCUGGUGCUUUGGUGCCGAGGCUCAGGCAGCCCAGAGCCUGAGUAACCAGGGGCAGACACGGGCCCAUCGGUUCUGCCAGGAGGCCCUGUGCCGCGCCGUCCCUGCAGCGGAUCCGCAUCUGAGCCUCCCACGGCUCACAGUGGUCCCGGCACGGCCCAGCGCGGCUCCGUCCCCGAGGGCGAAGGCGCAAGGAGUCGGCCGGGAGGGGCCACGUGCCCGUCUGUCUGCUUGGGCAGGUGGGAGCCUCCCCGACCAGCCUGUGAACAUGCAGCGCCAGACCCAGAGCCCUGAACACAC